GACAGAUGCAGUCAUGGGGAAGUCUCGCGAUACUUUGCGUGUUUUGGAAGCAUUGCGGAAGAGAAGGCUAACAAACGAAGCAAGCUCAUCGUCUGAGCAGCGGCAGCCUUUACCUUGUCAACCUUUGAACUCUUUGAAGCAACACCCGCAAAAUAAGGAGCAAAGAUGACCGCAGCGCCUUACAACUACUCCUACAUCUUCAAGUACAUCAUCAUCGGUGAGACGUCACGACCACACCCUCCCCCGCAUCAACGUUAUUCUUUUUAUUUUUUUGGGGCGGGGGCGAGUGUUCCUCAAAUCAUGGCCGACUGCCCUCACACCAUUGGUGUGGAGUUUGGCACCAGGAUCAUGGAAGUCCAUGGCCAGAAGGUGAAGCUGCAGAUCUGGGACACGGCGGGCCAGGAGCGCUUCAGGGCCGUCACCCGGUCCUACUACAGGGGGGCCGCCGGGGCCCUGAUGGUCUACGACAUCACCAGGAGAAGCACCUACAAUCAUCUCAGCAGCUGGUUGACGGACGCCAGGAACCUGACCAACCCAAACACGGUGAUCAUCCUGAUCGGCAACAAAGGUGACCUGGAGGCGCAGAGAGAUGUCACGUACGAGGAAGCCAAACAGUUUGCUGACGAGAACGGUUUGCUGUUCCUGGAAGCCAGCGCCAAGACCGGCGAGAACGUGGAGGAGGCCUUCCUGGAGGCAGCCAAGCGGAUCUACCAGAACAUCCAGGACGGCAGCUUGGACCUGAAUGCCGCCGAGUCGGGAGUGCAGCACAAGCCGUCUGCGCCGCAAGGGGGGCGACUCAAUGCGGACAGCCAGCCCCCCAAAGACGGAUGCAGCUGCUAACCCACCAAAGGACCAAAGGACGGAUGCAAGGACGGACAGACAGAUUGCUUCUUUUUGAUUUGCCAGCUCUCCUGGUCGGGAGUCUCUCUGAACUCAGUUGAAUCCCUGAUGUCUCAUUCUGGACCCCCCUAGGGGGAAGUACAUUUAAACACAGGUCUGUUUCAUUCGCUUCAUCCCAAAAUUCCCCCAAAACAAAUAAAAGUUUUUCCCGCAUGUGAACGUGAAAUUGGACCCAUCACAUUCCAGGAGGCCCUCACUCGGAUUUCUUGGAACCUCCGAAACCACCAGAGGUCCUUUUCGUCCUCUACAUCCACACAUGGUUUAGUCCAAAUGGUCUGUUGUCUUUCAUUAGGGACAUUACUGGAACUGGAAGAGCUACCAAACAUCUUUAAGUCCUAAUUCCACCUAGGUCCUCAUUUCCAUACCUAAAGGUCACAAAGAUCUGGAAUGAUCACAGACACUGUAAAGGGUCCAGACAGAUCUCAACACACUUUUCAAAUCCAUAUCCACCUAGAUUAUCAUUCCCAAACCACAAAUGUGGACUGAGUGGGUCCUAAACCAGGUCUCCUUCAGGUCAGAACAAAACGGACAGUGCACCAGGAAUGAUUCUUCUGGACUGGAAGGAAAGUAAAGUUAAACUCUCAUUUCCAAACCACAAAUGUGGACUAAGUAGGUCCGAAAUCAGGUCUCCUUCAGUCCGGGCCAGAAAAAAACAGAAUAAUGGCAGACUGGGACAGAGGUACAGACUGUCCACCAGGAAUGUUUCUUCUGGACUGGAAAUAUCAGACACGUUUCAAGUCCAAGUCCACCCAGAGUCUCAUUUCGAGACCAGAUGUGGACUAAGGUCCUAAACCUUGUCUCCUAGCCAGAAUUCUCAUAAAUACCAAGACCAGAAUUUGAAUACUCAGUGUUCCUGUUUGACUAAACAGGAUCAAUUAGUGCUGUAACCCACUUUUGUUUCCAUGGCAACCUUCUCCUUAAAAGCAAACUGUGGUCCAAGGAAGGACUAAAGGUAUUUGAAGGAACAGACAGACUUUUAAACGUAAAUGAAAUGAUCACUUUUUUAACGUUUUGCUUAUUGUCGUUCAAUUGAAUGUUUCAUUUCCAAAAAUGUGCUAGCUCACUGUCACUUUCCUUCCUGAUGUAGCAUUCCGGGUGCGUUUCAUCUAGCUAACUUCCUUCAUGAGCCUCCACGUAGCCUAUGCUAAACUAGCGCAGGAUGCAUCGCUGGCCCUGGCCCUCGAGGGGACAGUGAUGCGCAGCCUGUAGUGUCCCGAUGAGUUAAUGCUAAAGUAUUUUUGGUUUGUUUGCGUUUGCACUUUUUGCUGCUUUCUGAUUGGUCGACAACAAAUCCGCCUUCAGCCGGCAUCUUUGCAUGUCAUCUCUCAACAUAUGUUCGCAAAUGUUAAACAUUUAAAAAAAUAAACUCUUCUUCUGGGAGACAAGCCAUUCUAAAUCAGUUUAAUCCAUUCUAAAUGUACUUCAAUCUACUUUUGUCCAGUUUAAUCCUGUCAAUCUACUUUUAAUCCACUUUGAAUCAAUUUAAAUCCAGUCUAUUCAAACUGUAAUGCAGUCACAUUUGUUUAAUCCAUUUUUUAUUCUUAAUCUACUUUAAAUCUGAGUCAGUUUACCCUUGUCUAAAUCCAGUUUAACCCAGUCUAAAUAAAUCUAAAUCUAUUUUUAAAUUGGUUUCAUCCAGUCUAAAUGUACCUGAAUUCACUUUUAAUCAGUUCGAUAUAGUCUAGAUCUACUUUAAUCUAGUCUGGAUAAAUAUAAUCCAUCCUAAUUCUAGUUAAAUGGAAAUCCAGUCUGCAUCAACUUUAACCCAGUCUAAAUUGGUUUAAUAGUCUGAAAUUGCUUUAAUCCACAUUUAUCAAAUCAAUUUAAUCCCAUCAAAAUCUAUAAUCCAGUAAUAGUUUUAACGUAUGCUAUCAAAAAUGCUAAAGAUUUUUCUUCUUCAAUGGGUCAUCAUGUAGGAGAGGGCCGUCUUCAUGUCCUACGCAGAGCUGUGGAUAAAGCUCUGGUUGUACAUGAAUAUGACGAUAAGACUUUUUAUUUAUACUUUAUUGUAUAUGUGUAUGCAAUUCCUUCCAUGUGCCACCAGUGCAGGGAUUCACGUCUGUAUAUAAAGUAAAUACUGUCCAUGUUUGGUCACCUUAUUAUGGGAUGUUGUCACAUUUCAUGAUUUAAUGGACAAUAAAAAUUAAAUUUCA